AUGGAAGCACCCCAAUCGAUUCCAGAAAAUCACAGCUCUGAUAACCUGCAUUCUCGGUGCUCUUCCCAUAUGUUUGGCUUGCCGGCUCGACUUGAUGAAAAAGCGAUGUUACACAUUCGUAUGAGAUCGAGGCAAUACACCCGACCUGUUUCAGGAGCCCUUCUUCUGCUGACGUUGUUCUGCGUGGGUCUGCUGGGCACAAUCAUCAUGUGGACGACUGAUAUUUUCGAUUCCCUCAUAGAUGAUAGGCUGGUGCUGCGCAACAACUCGGCUGCGUUCGAAGCGUGGCGGGUGCCGCCCGUGAAGCCGCUGAUGCGCUUCCGCUUCUUCAACUACACCAACUUGGACGCCUACCGCCGCGGCGACGACGUGCGCCUGCGCGUCGAGGAGGUCGGGCCCUACACCUACACGGAGGCGACGGAGAGAGUGAACGUAGUCUUUCACGAUAAUGGCACCAUUACGUACCAGAACCGUCGCUCCUACGAGUUCGUCCCCGAGGAGACGAACGGGACCCUCGACGAUGUGAUCGUCACAGUCAACGUGCCGCUUAUGACGACGAACUACAUGAUGCGGAAGACGAACUACUUCCAGCGCCUGCCGAUGGCGGCGGGGCUGCGCCUCUUGUCCCCAGAGCCGCUGCACGCGCGAACGGUGCGCGAGAUCUUCUGGGGCUACACCGACCCCCUCACCAAGGUCGCCAGCAUCAAGAUGAAGGACCUCAAGGUCGGCGUCCUGGAGCAGAUCUCGCACUUCGGCGGCCGCGACCACGUGGACUACUACACGACAGAGGAGUGCAACCGCGUCGACGGCAGCGACGGCUCCAAGUUCCCGCCGCCCGACGUGCACCCUGGCGGCACGCUCGUCAUCUACCACCGCGACGUGUGCCGGCGCGUGCUCCUCGUCGCGCACGAAUACGUCUCGGUGUUCGACGGCGUGCCGGCCAUCCGCUUCCGGCCACCGCCCGACCUGCUGGCCGACGGCGACGCCAACCCGGAGAACGCGUGCUACUGCGUGCCCAGCACCUACGACGUGUGCCAGCCGUCGGGCAGAAUGGGGGUGCCUAUCGGAGGGCGCACUCGCUUUCAAUUCAAUGUGCUGGUGAAGGACACCUUCAACAACUUCAUGCUCAAGCGUUUGGAUGAGAAGCUUCUGCCUUUUCUCUGGCUUGAAAGAGAAUUGACUGGAUUCCCGCCAGAGCUGCAGAAAAUCUUCUACACCGUGUCGGUGACGGUUCCCAAGAUCAAGUUGGCGCUGUACUGCAUAUCGCCGGCGCUCAUGCUGCUGACCGGCGUCAUCUUGCUCGUGUGGGCCGGGCGAGUCAUGUAUCGCCUUCUUCGGGAGCCCCUGAACCCCCCCGAAGUGUACGUCAUGACGCGCCUGUGACGCUCCUGAGGACAGUAGUCCGGGCGAUGUCCUCGUCUUCACCCACACUUCAUGCCGACGUCAUCCCGCGAAAAAACUUUUGUCAACGUCGAAGUCAUUUCGGUGUCCUGGGCGCUGGCCGACUGUUCUGCUUGAAGGAUAAGUUACGGAGUCUGAGUUUGUCUGUAAUUUGGAAAUGAUCUAUGUGUUUACGAAACUAAAAAUUUGGCUGAAAUUGUUUUUUUCCAGCCUUCGUAGCCUCUUUGAACUCGCUGUCGACGUUAAGCGAGAUUUUAUUUUUUUAAUCGUUGGUGGAAAAACUUUGUGUCUUUAAACGAUGAUAUUUUUAUAGUGCUCAGCUUUUGUUUUAAAACUCAUCCCCUCAAUGAGUUUAACUGUAUUUUUAUUAUUGCGUGUGUGUCGAACUUAGAGCGAAAUGUAGGAAGUAUAACUAUGACUCUGAAAACAAAAAAUAAAAUAAAAAUAAAAAUCCAAUCCCUAGAGUAGCAAGACUGAAGAACUUGCAACUGAUACUCGAAGUAAGAAAAUAGUGAAUUGUAAACUAGUCAAAUACUCCUGAUUAGCUGUUGCAAGAAAAACCGAAUGACAAAAGAAGAGCUUAGUGUACUUUUUUUUUCAAACAAGAAUUUUUAAAGUUCGUAGCAACUAGUGUUCCUUUUUUGUGCCAUUAAACUGAAAGUACGUUGCGUGAAAGAGAAAUUGUAAUCGAAUAAAAUGUAAAAAUAUUGUAUUAUAGGAUACAUACAUAUUACUGUGAUAAAACUCGCAGAGAGAAAGUGAGGCAAGCCGUGUUUACAAAGCAUCAUGCUCUGCUCAAACUAAAGACUAGAUUUACUCGUAAUGUUAGAAUAUGUUAAACGAGUAUUGUGAAUAUCGUACAAUAUAGUUAUAUAUUUAGUAGUUUUCACGUAAGUUACCACUUUCAUUGUAUACGAAUUAAUAUAGGCUUUGUGCUGUUGAGGUUAAUUGUAAGUAAUUUAACAGAAAUUUUAACAAAAUUUCUUAUUUAUAAUGUUAAUUAUGUAUAAAUGAAGUAACAUAACUGUAGGUAAAUUAAAUUGAAAGAAUGCAGGAAUUGUGAAAUAAAAGGAGGAAAGUUCAAACUUUAUUGUUAGUGGUGAAUUUUGUUAUGUUUUGUUAUAUAAUACUUAAUAAAACUAUUUUUAUGAAUUUUAUUAUUUCCUGAUUCAUUCACAUUUGAUUAUUUUAAAUCAAUAUUUGUUUGUUCUUGGACCUGAG